UCAGUUGUCUGAUAAUAAUCUUUAUCUAUCUUUGUAAAUAGAUAAAUAGAAGGAUUAAAAUUAUUAUCGGAUGAAAAAACUAUCUGAAAUCGAAAGAAAUAAAUUGUUUUCUCUUGUUUCAUUUCUUGGAAUGUUAUCUCUUGUUUUUGAUUAUCAUUCUGCCAAAAAAAAAAAAAAGGAAAAAUAGAAAAGAAGAAGAAAGACAGAACUCUCGCCGUACUUUAAAAUAGCCCAGCCAAACUAUUUAUAAACCCCCACCCCAAAAAGAAGAGAACAAAGUAGUUUAGUACCUCUCGCCUGAUAAAAAAAUUCUAGUUCUCUUCCUUAUUUUAAUCGAAUUUCUUUCUUUCUUUCCAUAAUGGUGCAAACUAGAAGAACAAAAGAUCUAAAUCUGAAAGCAGAUGAGGCAUCAGAACAGUUAAAUCAUGAUCUAGAUCUGAUAGGAGAAGACGCAUCUGAACAGCUUAAUCUCGACCUAGAUCCAGAGAGCAACCACUAACACCGCCAACAGUACAUACCAAUUGGUUUAGUGUGUUGGAAAAACAUAGAGGAAAUUUUGAAAUUAUCGGAAAGUGGUAUUGCAUAAACUGCAUUUUGGUGCAGUCGUUUGAAUCUUCCAAGUGUGAGUUUUGCAAGGAAGACAAAUUCUGAUGUGCUGGGGGCCCUUGCUCGAGAAGUCGAGCGCACCAAAUUCUACUCUACAAAAGACCAUAGUGGAGAAGAAUCCACUAUAGUUGGAUUUGAUGAGCGUAUGCUCCUACAUGAAGAGGUAGAUAAGGAGUUGUGUGCUCCGCAUGAGAGGCCCGAUCGGCUUAAAGCAAUCGCCUGCACCCUCUAAAGGAGGCAGGUAGGUUAUAUUUCACAUAUCUUACAAUAAAUAUAAGGAGCUGGCUGAAUGAAUAAGAUGGAUUAAUCCACCUUAACUAAUGCACAUACUGUAUGCUUACAUUUAUUACUUGGUCUGUGUUUCGUUUGUGAUUGACAUUAAUGUUGGUUGAAGGGUGAAGUUAAGGAAGAUAUUGUCACCAAGUGCGACUUUGACUUUCUUUUUACCUCUUCUUCAGUAGUCUGUUGUUACCCCUUUCGAUGGUCUUUUUACCCCCUUUUUAAAAGUUGCUUCUCGAGAUUUUGUGUUAUGUUUAUUGGAAGUAACUUCGAUAUUACUUAACCAAGACCUUCUUUUUCUGGAUAAUUUGCAUAAGAAACUCUACCGUGUGCAGUUUAGUAACGUUCUUUUCCCUGAAACAUGGUGUGUGGUUAUAUUAUAACUUCCUUCGGCUUCUCCAUACUCUCUAAUGGUUCCUGCUUUAGAUGUAUUCCCUCCUUUUUUUUGCCUUUCAAAUGCAAGAAUCUUCUGAGUUGUUUAUGCAGGAAUUUUUCCUGGACAUUGUUCCUCGAUAUCGCCUCGAAAAAUUUCCAGCGCCGAACUGGAGAAGGUACAUACUAAGGGUCAGAUUCACGCUGUUGAGAAGACCAGCAGCGUGCGGAUCUGGUAUCUUUCUGGGGACACUUAUACUAAUCAGCACUCUUCAGAUGCUGCAAAGCUUGCAGCAGCAAUUUGUUCUGACCUUGCUACGACUAUCUUUAAGGGUGAAGCCAAAAAUGGUUUCGCAUUGGUGAGGCCCCCUGGGCAUCACGCUGGUGUGUCCAAGUCCACGGGAUUCUGCCUGCAUAAUAAUGCAGCGGUUGCCGCAUCUGCAGCAAAAGAAAUGAGUGCCAAAAAGAUUCUUAUUCUUGAUUGGGAUGUCCAUCAUGGAAAUGGCACUCAAGAGAUCUUCGAUGCUGACAGAUCGGUUUUAUACAUUUCAAUUCAUAGAUUUGACAGAGGUAAAUUCUACCCCCCUACUGGAGCUGCUGACAAGGUUGGCGUCAAAGGGGCAAAGGGAUAUUCAGUGAAUAUCCCCUGGAAUCGUGCUGGAGUAGGUGAUUGUGACUACUUAAGCGCUUUCAAACAUAUUGUGAUUCCAAUAGCCAGGCAGUUCUCCCCUGAGUUGACUAUUGUGUCAGCGGGGUUUGAUGCUGCGAGGGGAGAUCCGCUGGGCUUGUGCGAUGUAACUCCACGCUAUUAUGCUGAGAUGACCAGCAUGCUAGCUUCCAUAUGUGGAAAGUUGCUCGUAAUUCUUGAAGGAGGGUAUAAUCUGAGGUCCAUUUCUGCUUCUGCAAAGGCAGUAGUAGAGGUGCUGCUUGGUGGUGAUCCUGCUGGAGUCCGCAAGUUAGAACCAUCCAUCUCGGGAUUAGAAACGAUCAGAGAAGUCCUUAGACAUCCAAAGUAGAUUUUGGAAGUUGGAUUGCUCUGUUUUUCCAGUGAAGGCAAAGGCUAAACGCGGAGGCAAAAAGAAAUGAAUCCAGCUAUGAAGUCCCUCCUCCUUCGUUGCUGUUUAUUCACAAUAGUCGCAGAACUCCAUGUCCUGUCAACAUGAAUACAACCCUCUUUUUCUUCCAAAACACAAACAGCAACAACAUCAACAUUAGCAAGGCAACAAGAACAAGAACAACCAAGGCAACAAGAACAAGAACAUCAAAAUCAAAAUGAACAACCAAGGCAACAACAACAAGAACAUCAAAAUCAACAACAACAUUAGCAAGAACAAGAACCAUAAAUCCCUCGAAGAAAACAAGAACCAUCAAAGUCAUAGACAUUAUCUGUGGAGGUCUCUAGCAUUGACACCUUCAACUAGUAAGGUUUGUUUUUUCUUUUUCAGCUAGAGAAGAGUGUUUUCAAUUGGAUAUUAUCCCUGUACCCAAUGUGUGAGAUGCAAGACCAUUAUGUUUGUUUGCAGUUCCAGUGUUAAAAUAAGACCAUUCCUAAUAUUAUAGUAAUCAUUCCAAGGUAA